CUUCUACUACCACCACCCAGAAUUUGACCGUUGGAGAAGGAUCUCUCUUUUUGCAAAAAAAAGAAAAACUAAUUUAAAAGAUUUAUAAGCUUCUUCUGCAAUCUUCUCCUCCUUCGGUUGUUUCGUUUUCUCUUUAUAUCAAACUGUGAUUGAUCAGAGAGAAGAACCAAGAGGGAGAAAAUGGAAUCGCCACAGAAAACGAAAACCGGUUUAAACCUCCCCGCGGGUAUGAACCAGACCUCGUUACGUCUCGAGACGUUCUCGAGCUCGUUCCGCGGCAUCUCGACUCUCUCCUCCCCCUCCAAAUCAACCUGCAGCGACAGGUUCAUCCCCUGCAGAUCUUCCUCGAGGCUCCACGCUUUCGAUCUGCAGGACAAGGAACCAACGACGGCGACGACGCCGGUGAAAGAGGGAGGGAACGAAGCUUACUCCAGGCUUUUGAAAUCUGAGCUUUUCGGAUCUGAUUUCGUUUCUCCUUUGUCUCCUGCAGGUGGUGGUGGUGCUUCUUCUCCGAUGAGUCCGUGUACUCCUAACAUGCUGAGAUUCAAGACGGAUCGUUCCAAUUCGAGUCCUUGCUCUCCCUUCUCUCCUUCCAUCCUCGGCAACGACAAUGGUCUCUCUAGUGACUCCUCUCCUCCUAAGCCUCCUCGCAAGGUUCCUAAAACUCCUCAUAAGGUAUUGGAUGCACCUUCUUUGCAAGAUGACUUCUACUUGAACGUUGUGGACUGGAGCUCACAGAAUGUUCUUGCGGUUGGGCUUGGUACUUGUGUCUAUCUCUGGACUGCUUCUAACAGCAAAGUGACGAAGUUAUGUGACCUGGGACCUAAUGAUAGCGUGUGCUCGCUUCAGUGGACACGUGAGGGUUCUUAUAUAUCUGUCGGUACAAGUCAUGGUCAAGUUCAGGUUUGGGAUGGAACACAGUGCAAGAGAGUCCGGACUAUGGGAGGUCAUCAAACGAGAACUGGUGUCUUGGCCUGGAACUCAAGGAUCUUAUCAUCAGGGAGCAGAGACAGAAACAUCCUUCAACACGAUAUACGAGUCCAGAGCGAUUAUGUCAGCAAACUCGUGGGACACAAAUCUGAGGUCUGCGGCCUGAAAUGGUCUCAUGAUGAUAGAGAGCUUGCGUCUGGAGGCAACGAUAAUCAGUUAUUAGUGUGGAACAAUCAUUCACAACAACCUAUUCUGAAGUUGACUGAGCAUACAGCAGCGGUUAAGGCAAUUACAUGGUCUCCUCAUCAGAGCAGCCUCCUUGCUUCAGGAGGUGGGACGGCAGACAGGUGCAUUAGAUUCUGGAACACGACGAAUGGACAUCAGAUAAACAGCAUCGACACUGGAAGCCAGGUCUGCAAUCUGGCGUGGAGCAAGAAUGUCAAUGAGAUAGUGAGCACUCACGGGUACUCUCAGAACCAAAUCAUGCUCUGGAAGUAUCCAUCCAUGGCAAAGGUUGCAACGCUUACAGGGCACAGUAUGAGAGUACUUUACUUGGCUACAUCACCUGAUGGCCAGACUAUAGUGACCGGAGCAGGAGAUGAGACCCUGCGGUUUUGGAAUGUCUUCCCUUCAGUGAAAAUGCAGACACCGGUGAGGGACACAGGCCUCUGGUCAUUAGGGAGGACACAAAUCCGAUAACAGCCAUGAAAUUUGUUAUUCGUUUCUGUAUGACAGAGACUUACACUACUGCACAGAGAGACCGAUAGAAAAGCUGCAAUGUAUUCCGCAAAAUGUGCAUUCUAUUUUAUUUUAUUCUUUUGUGAUCAUUUGUAAAAACUAAAACUUUUUUAAACAAAGAGUUACCUAUUGGACUGAAAUGUUUUUUUUUAUUUUGUUUAUGAAUGAAAUCUCUGGCAAUUCAAGUA